AUGUCAUUUGAAGCGUCUAAAUUAUUUGAUUUGACUGGAAGAAUUGCUUUGGUAACUGGUGGUGGUACUGGUCUGGGUGCAAUUAUCACACAGGCUUAUAUCCAGAAUGGCGCAUCUAAAGUCUUUAUUUCAGGCCGAAGACAGGAAAAAUUAGAAGAAACUGCUGGAAAAAUAAAUCAAUUGGGAUACACUGGCAAGGUCAUUCCCAUUGUAGGAGAUGUGUCUACCAAGGAGGGUGCACAAGAUCUGGUGAAAAAAUUGACUGCCGCUACUGACUCUCUGGAUAUUCUGGUCAACAAUGCUGGUAUCAUGCUACCAGUUGAUCCUGCUCGUACCGAUUCGAGCAAAGAAAUUGAAUCUCCAGAAGAUUAUGCUGCUCGUGUUGCAGGUGGUGAUUUUGAUGGCUGGGUAGACCAAUUCAAAAUUAAUGCUAUUGGCCCUUACUUUGUCACAUUUGGUCUUCUGCCUCUCCUAGCUAAGGCUGCCAAGAAGGGUGACGGUCGUGGAAGUGUCAUCGUUAUCACCUCUAUUGCUGGUCUCAGUUAUCCACCUGCCAUGUCUGCUGCCUAUCAAUCCUCAAAAGCUGCUGCUAUCAGUGUUACCAAGGGACUGGCAACCCGUCUUAGUCCAUAUCAGAUUCGUGUCAAUUCCAUCGCUCCAGGUGUAUUCCCUUCAGAUAUGAGUGUCAACUUGCUUGUAGACAAUGUGAAAAAUAGCAUUCCUGUGCGGAAGUUCGGAGAUCCAGAAGAAAUCGCUGGUCUCGCAUUGUUUCUCUCAUCCAAGACUGGCGGAUACACCCACGGCACUAAUUACGUUAUCGAUGGUGGUCGUCUUUUAAACGUGCCUGCAUCUUAG